UUUCUUCUCACUCCUUUUCUUCUACCGAUCAUUUUCUUCUCACCUUUCCAUUAUUUUUCUUCUCAUUCCACGUAUAGCCUGAAAAAUAUAAUAAAUUUGAAACCGUAAAAUCGAUUUGAGAAAUCAUAAUUUUUAGUUUUACCAUCUCCUGAUAUUUUUAACUGAUCCUGCAUUCUACACGAUACACAAUGAUAUUAAGAUCAUGUAUAUUUUCCAAUUAAAUACUACAAUCAUAAUUACAAUAGCUAAAAUCUCAAAAUUAUCUACUUUUUUGAGCAAGAAAGUUGCUCUACAUUUUUUAUUCAUUCAUAUUUUCUCGAUAAAUAUCACCUACUUUUAAACAAAAAGGUUGUUCCACUUUUUUUUUCGCUCAUAUUUUUUUUUUUAUAUUAUGACGACUAAAUGUAAAUUACCUAAUAAAUCGUCUGAUGAUAAUCAAGAAAUGGAAGUUGAAGGAGGAUCGAAAAGAAAACAAAUUAAGAAAAAAAGAAGAGAUAUUGACAUUGAGAAAGCCAAUCAGUUGAUGAAAAAAAGUAAAAAUAGUAAUAAAGAAGCUGCUGAAUCUGCUGAUAAAGAAGUUAUAGUAGUAAAUGAAAAAAGAAGUAAUGAUGAUGAUGAUGAUGAUGAUGAUGAUGAGAGUAAGACGGAAGAUCAUAAAAAACCCGAAGUAUUUCAAUCAAAGUCAAAUUUAAAAAUAGUUGCUUGGCUCGUCGACC